UCCCAAAAUUCCCAUAACACUUCACUGCAUUUCAUUCAUAUUUAUAUCUUCUUCUUUUUUGUCUGAAAAAUAUAGAAAAACUUUAAUUUAAUUAUGGCAACCGAAGGCAAGAAAAUGGUGACAUUAAAAUCAAAUGAUGAUAAGGAAUUUGAAGUUGAAGAAGCUGCAGUUAUUCAAUCCGAAAUGAUCAAGAACAUGAUCGAAGAUGGAUGCGCUACUAGUGUUAUUCCACUUCCAAAUAUAGAUAGCAUUACCCUAAGCAAGGUCAUUGAGUAUCUCAACAAGCACAUUACUAGGGACGAAGACGAGGACGAGGACGAUGACAAGGACAAGGACAAGGGAAAGGUGGCGAAAGCAGGUGAGGAAGAAGAUCUCAAGGAAUUCGACGAGAAAUUCGUAAACAUGGGAUGGGAAGAGCUUUUCGACGUAAUAAUGGCAGCAAAUUAUUUGAACAUUCACGAGUUGAUGGAAUUAUGUUGUCAAUCUGCAGCUGAUAGAUUGAAGAACAAGAGUGUUAGAGCAGUUCGUGAGAUGUUAAAGAUUACUAAUGAUCUUACUGAAGAAGAAGAGAAAGAGAUUAUUAAUGAUGCUCCUUGGGCAUUUGAAGGUCCUGAAAUUGAUGAUACUGUUAAUUAGAUUAUUAUAGUAAUAUCAAUUUAAUUAAUAAACAAUAGGCAAAGGGAUUUUGUUUUUGGUAGUGUGGGGAUUAAGGAAAUAAUAAUCUCUACAUUAGGGUCUAUGGUUAUUUUAGGUCUAAUGUUAUGUUGGUUCUUUAGUUUUUUUUGGUUAUUGCUCGGCAUGUUUGAAGGGGAACCGUGGAGCAACGGUAAAGUUGUUUUUACGUGAUCUAUGGGCUCGAGCCGUAGAAACAGUUAUUAAUACUUGUAUUAGGGUAGGCUGUUUACAUCACACCCGUGGGAUGCAUCCUUUCCCCGGUCCCAACGUGAACGAGAGAUGCUUUGUACACUGAGCUAUCCUUUUAACUUUACAUGUUAUUCAUGGUGUUUUAAUGUAUUUGCACUUUUGAAUAAUUGACUUAUUUUGUUUCUUUGGCUCUA